AUGUCAGUCUUCGAGCGGGUGCGAAGAAGGUUUUCCCGUGCCAAGUCUGCCGCUGGCUUGGAGGAUGACGGGCAAGAGGAUGAUCAAUAUGCCAUUCAGCGGUGGCCGAGCAAAGCUUGCUCACUGACUCCAUCGGAUGAAGAGCUUGUUUCAAAGCUCGCAUUUACUCCAGACACCGUAAUUAUCGAACGUGCACCACGACCGCAAGCCCCCUCCAUUGGCACUCACCGAUCUGAAAGAACGGUCUUCAACAAUGUUGAGUCUGGCUUUCUCGCGUUGCCGACGGAGCUACUCAUGUUCCUUCAACCCUACCUGACGCCUAGCAGUGAGGUUGCUUUGCGUCACAGCUGCUCCCGGUUCUUCCAUCUCUACAGCACACCGUCCUUCGUGCUGGCCGGCAAAGAGUUAUUUGACUUUCUGUGCAUGACCGAACGUGACCAAGAUCCAACCAGUUUGGAUAGGCUGGUGUGCGGGAAGUGCCAGGAAUUGCAUACCCGGACCACCUUCCCGGCGUCCGAGAUCAGGCAGGAAGCUACAGCUCGAGACUGCAGACAAGUUUGGCUUUGUGCUCACCGGACCCUCGGCUAUGAGAAGACGAUCCGCGGCAUCAAGGCAGGGGUCGAGUCACCAUUUCGCGUCGAGACCCUGGAGCCUUGUCCGCGCUGUAGAGACUCGAUUCGCAACAGAUCUGUGGCGGACCGACCGGAAAAGGGAACCUCGGCCAUGGAUUUGGAAGAUCCAAAGGCAGAGUCACUUUUGAUCUCUAAGAUUGCUCUCCUGCAGGCUCCUUCACCACUGUACAACACCCGAACCAGUGGUGGCAGUGGUAUGUAUAAGGAGGUCUUUCAGGUCAAGGACGUUGCGGCAGCUCUUCAAACCAUUGACUUCCGACUGUGCCCGCAUCUGAAGCUGGGCGACCCCUAUAUCCUGAGCAAGUUCUGCAGAGCCUGUACCAAUACUCAGCGUCUCCCGCCAAGGGUCAGGGGCCCGCCCUGCAUCAACGAAAACAAACGGGAGUUUGGAGACAGUAGAGAAGGCACCAAGUGUAAAGGCAGGUGUUAUACUCGAGGUUGUAAGACGCAAUUCAUGUUUCAGACUCGAGAAAGCUUCUCGCCCGAUGCUUCCGGGCGACGCCAGGUCUGGUUGAUCAUCGUGGUCUAUCGUUGGCUUGGUCCGCUCCUAAGCGCUGGUCGAGAUAUCACUUGGAGCAAUCACUCUGUCGACCAUAGGGAGCGGAAAGAAAUGCGUCUCAAAUGGGCCGAGUGGGAAAGAGCAAGUCGAGCGGGACGACCGUGUAUGCCCAACUGGGGUAUCUGCCUCCUUCACCCGGAGGACUCGACUUUGCGCUGA